AUGCCCAUCACCCAGGACAAUGCCGGGCUGCACCUGCCCCUGCUCUACCAGUGGCUGCAGAACAGCUUGAGGGAGGGCGGGGAUGGCCCGGAGCAGCGCCUCUGCCAGGCGGCCAUCCAGAAACUGCAGGAGUACAUCAGGCUGAACUUCGCUGUGGACGAGAGCUCCGUCCAGCCCGACCGCAGCCCCCCUGGGAUGGAGAUCUGCACCGUGUACCUCACCAAGGAGCUGGGGGACGCGGAGACUGUGGGCCUCAGUUUUGGGAACAUCCCUGUGUUCGGGGACUAUGGAGAAAAGCGCAGAGGGGGCAAGAAGAGGAAAACCCACCAGGGCCCUGUGCUGGAUGUGGGCUGCAUCUGGGUGACGGAGCUGAGGAAGAACAGCCCGGCCGGGAAGAGUGGGAAGGUGCGCCUGCGGGACGAGAUCCUCUCCUUGAACGGGCAGCUGAUGGUCGGCGUUGAUGUCAGUGGGGCCAGUUACCUGGCCGAGCAGUGCUGGAAUGGCGGCUUCAUCUACCUGAUCAUGCUACGCCGCUUCAAGCACCAAGUCCAUUCUCCUUAUAACGGCAACAGUAGCAACAGCUCCGAACCAGGAGAGACACCUAGCUUGGAGCUGGGGGACCAAACGGUGAAAAAGGGGAAAAGAGCAAGAAAGUUUGGGGUCAUUGCCAGGCCUUCUACCCACAAAGCCACUGAAGAAUCCAAGAGCAGCUCUGGCUGUGAGUUGGACAACGACCCCGUGUCUGAGCUGGACAAUGGCCUAGACCCUGGACUGGGAAACGGUCAUGCUUUUGAGCUAGAAAAUGGCCCGGAUUUGCUCAAGGAGGUGGCUGGAUCCCAUCUAGAUAGAUCGGAAUUGGACAGAGAGACAGAGCCUAGAGUGCCAAAGACAGAUGCCACUCUGCCCACAAGCAAUGACAAACGCCGCUUCUCAAAAUCUGGGAAGACGGACUUCCAAUCCAGCAACUGCCUGGCACGGGAGGAAGUUGGCCGGAUAUGGAAGAUGGAGCUGCUUAAAGAAUCGGAUGGGCUGGGAAUUCAGGUUAGUGGAGGCCGAGGAUCAAAGCGCUCACCUCACGCUAUCGUUGUCACCCAAGUGAAGGAAGGCGGUGCCGCUCACAGGGAUGGCAGACUGUCCUUAGGAGAUGAGCUGCUGGUAAUCAAUGGUCACUUACUAGUUGGGCUCUCCCACGAGGAAGCUGUGGCCAUUCUUCGCUCAGCCACUGGAGUGGUUCAGCUGGUGGUGGCCAGCAAGGAGAAUUCUGCCGAGGACCUCCUGAGGCUGACAUCUAAGAGUCUGCCUGACCUGACCAGCUCCACAGAGGACGUGUCCUCUUGGACCGACAACGAAGACCGGGAGCCAGACGAGGACGAAGGCACCGGCGCAUCUCCCGUCCAGAGAGCAAUGCCUGGAACAGAGGAGCCCCACGAUGCAUGCGGCCCCGAGGAAUCCAAGGGGAACUUGGAAAGUCCUAAACAGGGCAGCAGUAAGAUGAAGCUCAAGAGUCGCCUGUCAGGGGGUGUACACCGUCUAGAGUCUGUUGAAGAAUAUAAUGAACUGAUGGUGCGACAUGGUGACCCCCGGGCCAGGAUGUUAGAGGUCUCCCGAGAUGGCCGGAAGCAUUCCCUUCCCCAGCUGCUGGACUCGACGGGCACAUCACAGGAAUACCACAUUGUGAAGAAGUCCACUCGCUCACUAAGCACAACUCAGGUGGAAUCUCCUUGGAGACUCAUUCGGCCGUCAGUCAUCUCCAUCAUUGGGCUGUACAAAGAAAAGGGCAAGGGCCUUGGCUUCAGCAUUGCUGGAGGUCGAGACUGCAUUCGAGGACAGAUGGGGAUUUUUGUUAAGACCAUUUUCCCAAAUGGAUCUGCUGCAGAGGAUGGAAGACUUAAAGAAGGGGAUGAAAUCCUAGAUGUAAAUGGAAUACCAAUCAAGGGCUUGACAUUUCAAGAAGCCAUUCAUACCUUUAAGCAAAUCCGGAGUGGAUUGUUUGUCUUAACGGUACGCACCAAGUUACUGAGCCCGAGCCUCACGCCCUGCUCCACACCCACACACAUGAGCAGAUCGAGCUCCCCAAACUUCAAUGCCAGUGGGGGAACCUCAGCAGUGGGCAGCGAUGAAGGCAGUUCGUCCCUGGGUCGGAAGGCCCCAGGGCCCAAGGACAGAAUUGUCAUGGAAGUAACCCUCAACAAAGAGCCCAGAGUUGGCUUAGGCAUUGGUGCCUGCUGCCUGGCCCUAGAAAACAGCCCUCCAGGCAUCUACAUUCACAGCCUUGCCCCAGGAUCAGUGGCCAAGAUGGAGAGCAAUCUGAGCCGCGGAGAUCAAAUCCUGGAAGUGAACUCCGUCAAUGUCCGCCAUGCUGCUUUAAGCAAAGUCCACGCCAUCUUGAGCAAAUGCCCCCCAGGACCUGUUCGCCUGGUCAUCGGCCGGCACCCUAAUCCAAAGGUUUCCGAGCAGGAAAUGGAUGAAGUGAUAGCACGCAGCACUUAUCAGGAGAGCAAAGAGGCCAGUUCCUCUCCUGGCUUAGGUACCCCCUUGAAGAGUCCUUCUUUUGCAAAAAAGGACUCCCUGCUUUCUGAAUCUGAACUCUCCCAGUACUUCGCUCAUGAUGCCCCAGGCCCGCUGUCUGACUUCAUGGUGGCCGGCUCCGAAGAUGAGGACCCUCCAGGGAGCGGCGGCAGCUCCGCGGAGCCCCCCGGCACCUCCCCUCACAAGGAGCCAGGAAAAGCCAGGGCCAACAGCCUUGUGUGUCUCGGAAGCCAGCGGGCCUCCGGGCCCUUCCACAAGCAGGUGACAAUCGCCAGGCAAGCCAGUCUUCCCGGGAGCCCAGAGGUCCUCCGGAACCCCCUCCUGCGCCAGAGGAGGGUGGGCUGCUUUGAUGAUGACGCCAGCGACGAGGAAGAGUUUGAUGGCGAAGGCGACUGUAUUUCCCUCCCAGGGACCCUCUCGGGUCCCAGCAGGCCACUCACAGAGGACGACGCUACACACGUUUCAGUGGCCUCUUCCAAGGUCACAGGAGUCCACCGAGAGGAACACCCCAAGAAAACACUGGUCAGCAAGGCCUCCUCGGUGCCUCUCCUCGGCAGCUCGCUGGACUUCCAGGAGAGCCUCUCAGGAGGCAUGCGGGACCCCCUUUCCCACACAGCCAGCCUGCUGGUCCCAUCAGAGGCCCCCAAGGGUAGCCCUGGCUGCUCGGGGAGGAAGGAACUGUCAGGAUCGAGGAGUUCGCCCAAACUGGAAUGCAGAGCCGGGACGGGCACCCAGGGUCCGGCGAGCACAGACAGCCCCAGUUCCCUCCAGCAGAACGACAGCCUGGGGUCCAGGCACAAGCCUGUGGCCAGGGUCAGCCCACACCGCAAGAGGCCUGAGGCUGAGGCCAGGUCUAGGAGCGCAGAAGCAGCACACCUGAGCGAUGGAGCCAGUGACCCAUGCGGUCCAGACCUGAAAGUCCAGGAUGGUUCCGUCCAAGUGACCGUGCCUGGUUAUCAGCCAGGAGGAACUGUGGAGAAGGAAUCUCUGGACAAGCUGUCCGUCGGAGAUGGACAAGUCCCCACUGACUGGGGACCAGGUGGUACCCUGCCCCAUCCAGACACCAGCCACCCUACAGAGAACCUACCUGAAGCCACAUCCAAGCAGGGGCAACAACUCGGGACAGGAGCAGAUGGCUCCCCAGACCCUCUCCCUUCCCCAGGGCAGAAGGGGGCGGCUCACCCUGACCCCAGCCAGACCUCGGUGGACACAGGGCCAGCGAGGCGACCUGAGGACCCUGGAGGGCCAGAGUCACCCAGGAUCCCCGAGUCUGAGGACAGCACCUCCCCAGGGACAAUGGCAACGGCUCAUCCUGACCUCCGUGAGAUGAGAGCAGCUCCCAACGCCAGCUCGCCCUGCGCCGCCCGGAAGGCAACGACCCCCAGGGGAGCAGGACCCACAGCUGAGGGGGCACCUCCGACUGGUGCUGGGCUGCCACAGGACCUCACGACCGGGGAGAAGAGCCAAGAGGGGGUUCCGGGUCACUGCGCCAAGGCUCUGCAAACCUCAGCAGUCCUUGUCCCCGGAAACUGCCAGGGGUUGGCUCUGCCCCAGGGAACAGACUCGGGGUCUUCCAGCGCCCCGCAGGCCAGCCCAGCCCUGCCAUCGCCAAGUGACAAGGCCCAGGAGGUGUGUGGGGGUGCCUUGGGGCCCAGCUGCCCCGGAGGGAGCGGGCACUGCCCGGUGACAGACAUCGACAGGCUCCUGGGGGAACUGGAUGCCUCUGGAGCAAGGCUUCCCUCCCCCGGGAAAGGGGACCGGCUGAGCAGGGAGCAGGCUGCCCAGGGGCCACAGCCAGCCUCGGGGAGUCCGACCCCUGCCCCAAGGAGGCCUGGGGCGGCUGGUCCGGCCCCUCCCCCUCAGUGGGCCGGCCAGCCUUCGGUUUUGGAUUCCAUCAAUCCCGACAGACAUUUUACUGUGAACAAAAGCUUUCUGAGCAACUACUCUAGGAAUCUCAGCAGUCUCCACGAAGACAGCACCUCGCUGUCAGGCCUGGGAGACAGCACCGAGCCGUCCGUGUCCCUCUCGUCCAUGUACGGGGACGCGGAGGACUCGUCCUCGGACCCCGAGUCGCUCACCGAAGCCCCGCGAGCUCCCGCCCGGGACAGCUGGUCCCCUCCUCGUCCCCGUCCUCCUGAGCCUUCUCACAAGGGAGACACGACGGAGUCGGAGGAGGAGCAGGUGGAAAUCUGUUCCGCGGAUGGCUCCCCCGAUCGACCCUCAGCCACUGCCCUGGCUCCCACCCGGGCGGCCGCCUGCCCUGCCCUCGCCGCAGCCCUGCCCCCCAGGGACGGAGCCCUGAGCCAGGUAGGGGCAGAAGCGGGCCACACAGCCCGCUUCGUGCCAGGCACCUCCACCCGCCCGCAGCCGCCGCCUCUUCUGUCAGACAUGAGCUCUCUGGAGGCGGAGCCGCCUGAGGAUGCGAGGGUCUCCCAAGACCCCAGGUCCCCGAGUGAAGAGGACUCUGGGGAAGCCACCCAGCCUCCUCCGGGCACCAGGCCUGUCCCCAGCCCCCCAGGCACCCUCGGUUCUCCUAACAUGGUGAAUGGUUUGGAGUAUGACUGUUUGGAUGACAAGACUCCACCUGAGAAACAAGAAACAGAUGUUCACACUGCUGAAAACCAAGCCUCCUUCAGGGCGUGUGUCCCCAAGAACGGAGACUCAGCUCUGGGAACCCUGCACAUCUCCGGAGGUCAAGGCCCAGAGGACUUGUUGCCAAAGCCAAAAGCCACCUCCAGGCGGCCCCUCAUGGCCUGGUUUAAAGAGAUAAAUAAGAACAAUCAUGGGACGCAUCCGCAGAGCAAAACUGAAGCGGAACAAUCCACGCUGCUGGCCAGAAGUCCCGACCCCAAGGCCCAGGUGCUGAGCUCAAGCCACAAGAAGGGGGCCCCUGUGCCGGAUAGCCCCCCUCCUCGGCUGAAUCUUGAGAAUAAAGACCUGCCUGGGAAAAGUUCCAUGGAAACCCUUUUGAGUAACUGUCAGAAACCCAAAGCCGGUCCUAAGCUGAAGAGACUGAGCGUCAGAAGCAAAAGCAAAGUCAGUUCCGAGGCCCCAGCCGCCCACACGGGGAAGACGGCGGGUGCGGAGCGCAGGAAAGCCCUGGUCUCGCCCCAGGCCUCCCAUAGGAUGCUCUCCAAGGUGGCGGCGCACCGGCUCCACGCAGCUGACCACGAGGAGCUGGACAAGAAUGCCGCAGUCGCCCCCCAGUCUCCCCAGUGUGUGGAGGCCAAGCUGCCCCCUGGGACCCCGGGCUCCCUGAAGCCCUCUGCAUCCGACUCGAGCAUCAGGAUGUUCGUUUCGCCCGUGACCACCCCCAAGACCCUUCCUGAGCAAGGUGGGUAUGGUAGGCUCCACCCGGCUGUGCAUGCGGAACCCGACCGAAGCUGCCCAGCUGCCACCAGACCUCCCAAGUGUGGUCCAGAGAGCAGGGCUCCCCUGGCAUCCCCGGGGCCACCAAGUCCCGCAGCAUCGAGGAGCGGCAUGUCCACAGCGGCCAUCAAGUGGGAGGUCCCCACUUCCGGGCAGGGCGAGCGGUUCCCGUCCAGCCAAACGGACUCCGCAGCAGAAGCUGCCCUGCCCGGGGUGACUGGUGACAAAAGAAGCAAAAUAAUUGCCGGUGAGCCUCCCGAAAGAACCAAGCAGCUGAAAAUCAUUGAGAUCCCUUCUGAAAGGAUGCUAAAGAGCACAUCGGGUGACAUGCCAGCUGAGCGGGACAGACAGGGGGGGCUCUUGUCCCAGAGCAACCGUCAGGAGAAGAGUGAGGUUGGGCUCUGUCACCAGCCAGGGGAGUCCUCCCCAAACCACCUGUCCUCACUCCCAACCCGGGUCUCCCAGGUGGAGCUGGAAGCACAGCAGCGAUCUGUCAGCCUGGCAAGACUCUCCUCCUCUUCCUCCCCGCAGCUGCCAGCUAGAAAGGCCGAUCCCGGCCAGAUGGCCGAUGCCCUGGGGGUGCCCAGGAACAGCCCACAAGCGGGCCCAGUGCUGGACGACCAUCCCUACUUCACGCCAAGGCCAGCGACCAGGACCUACUCCAUGCCAGCCCAGUUCUCCAGUCAUUUUGGCCGGGAGGGCCAUGCCCCGCAGAGCCCAGGGCGUGCCCCUCGGGACAGCCAGAUCCCUGGCACCAGCGGGGGCCUCUUCGAGGCCAAGGCAUCCAGAGGCACCGUUCUCAGCCUGGCUAAUGGUCAGGCCGUAUACAGCGUAAAGCCCCUGCUGGAGACUUCAGGAAACCUUCCGACAGCAGACGAAGCAGAUGUCCUGUCCGCCCAGGAAACCAGCUGCCAGCUCACAGACAGAGUCACAGUCACCAGGAGACAUCACUACUCCCCGCAGAACUGGCCCCAUGAACCCACCUCCUUUUUCUCUGUGAAGCAGAGGAUCAAGUCUUUCGAGAACCUGGCCCACUCUGACCGGCCCGUGGCCAAGGCCGGGGCCUCCCCCUUCUCAUCAGUGAGUUCCAAGCCUCCCAUCGGGAGACGGUCAUCCGGCAGUGUGGUUUCCGGGACGCUCGGCCACUCUAGUGACCCAGCGGCGAGGUCGCUGAGACGCAGCCUGAGUUCCUGCAGUGAAAGCCAAGGUGAAGCCAGCACCGCCAUCCCCCCGAUGACCAAGUCCCCGUCCAGCAUGAUGCUGACCAUCUCUCGGCAGACCCCAGCAGACGCCCGUAACAAGGGCACUGACUCUGACCCCAAGAGACCACCUGGUCCUUCGGGCAUCCCUGCCCCGACCGCAACCCCUGCCUCUCCUGCCAAGAGGAACAAGUCCUCGGUGCGUCACACGCAGGCCUCACCUCUGUCCCGCUCGAAGCUCCAGGAGCUGAGAGCCCUGAGCAUGCCCGACUUGGACAAGCUCUGCAGCGAAGACUUCUCAGCAGGACCAUCUGCCGUGCUCUUCAAAACCGAGCUGGAAAUUGUCCCCCGGAGGUCGCUUGGCUCCCCUGCUGGGGGCCUCGCUGGGUCCACUGCCCUUUCAUGCCCCGAGGAUGGGGCAGACAGGGCCUGUCCCAAAGCCACUGACCCCAGAGCACCCAGUUCAGCCCACGAUGUGGGUGAGACCACCCAGGAUCUGCCUUCUGGAAGAAGUUGGUCAGUUAAUUUGCAACAACUCCUGGUCUCAGCAGGGGAUCAGCAAAGACUGCAGUCCGUUCUGUCGUCAGUGGGGUCCAGAUCUACUGUCCUCACUCUCAUUCAGGAAGCGAAAGCACAAUCAGAGAACAAAGAAGAUAUUUGCUUCAUAGUCUUGAAUAAAAAAGAAGGCUCAGGUCUGGGAUUCAGUGUGGCAGGAGGGACAGACGUGCAGCCAAAAUCAAUUGUGGUCCACAGGGUGUUUUCUCAGGGGGCGGCUUCUCAGGAAGGGACUGUGAGCCGAGGGGAUUUCCUGCUGUCCCUCAACGGCGCCUCACUGGCUGGCUUAGCCCACGGGGACGUGCUGAAGGCUCUGCACCAGGCACAGCUGCACAAAGAUGUCCUCAUGGUCAUCAAGAAAGGGAGUGAUCAGCCCAGGCCCUCCAGCCGGCAGGAGCCUCCCACAGCCAACGGGAAGGGCUUGGUGUCCAGAAAGACCAGCCCCCUCGAGCCUGGAACAGGGAGAAGCAUGGCUGCGCACGAGGCUGUGUGCGUGGAAGUGCUGAAGACCUCGGCCGGGCUGGGCCUGAGCCUGGACGGAGGGAAGUCAUCCAUGGCUGGAGACGGGCCCCUGCUCGUUAAGAGAGUGUACAAAGGUGGUGCAGCUGAGCAAGCAGGAACAAUAGAAGCUGGAGAUGAAAUUCUGGCCAUUAAUGGGAAAUCCCUGGUGGGGCUGAUGCACUUCGAUGCCUGGAAUAUCAUGAAGGCUGUCCCAGAGGGACCUGUGCAGUUAGUCAUUAGAAAGCACAGGGAUUCUUCAUGCAGCAAGCACUGGUAGUGACGCUAACGGUGCUUGUUACUUUUUUUUUUUUUUAAACCUGGAAUCGCCUUUUCUCAAUUCCUUUUUUGGCAAAUCAGAAUGGGUUCCUGAAACAAUGGGUUCCUGAAACAACAGAGAAGCACUGGUACGGGCAAGACUAUCAGACUCCCCAGCUUUUUUUGUUCACACGUGAAGCAGCAGCCAUGGAGCUGAACUCCUAAGCCUUCUGCCUGGAUCACUUAGGCUGGGAGGGUCCACUUCGUUCCAGUGCCUGUCCCCUCCUGUCUGUUAUGUUUCCUAAUGGGGACACAAGAUGUGGCAUGCCCUUCUUUACUUGAAACAUUUAGUGAGACCUCCAAAUCCUUCCUCCCACCUCUCCCAACAUAAUCAAUCCUGGCAAUUAGGGAUCUGACAACGUCUGAGGGCAACACAACUGUCACAACUAAAAGGACUAGUUUUAUAUAAUUUUGUAAGUAAAUGACAGAAUGCUUUUAGGCACAUUCAGUGGGAGGAGCUAAGGGUCUGUUAUCCUGAAAAGGAAAACAUGACCCUUGAACAAACAGAAUCAGUUAUGACCUAAUGGUUAGGUUGGCUCAGGAAUUAUCCAAAAAUGAAAAAGCAAAAUACAGAAAGUGGUAUUUUUAGUGAGUGUAAUGUGCAACGUAUGGCUGCAUAGUUUAAUCGGUAGUUAUUGAUCACCAUGAAGUAUUGAUCAUGAUCUAAAGUGUACGUCGUAAGGCAAUUUUACAGGAAUGCAGUUUGGAUAAACUGUACUAAAUAGCCAUGAACUUCGCUGCUUAGAAUGAGCAGAAAGUUCCAGCUCUGAAAGCACCUUACAUCCAGUUUGCAACUUGUCUUGAAUAAAUGCUGAAAUUCAAGACUGGUUAAUGAAAGAGCAGGCAAAAAUACCAUUGUCACUGAGUUUCCAUUUUUAUAUUUUGUGUACUCUCCAACCACUAAUUUAAGCUAAAUUUUUAGAAAUCAAUUAUCUUUUUAGUAUCCUUGGAUUGUAAUCCAAGUAGAGGAGCUUAAAAUAAUCCUUUUAAAGGACUUUUUUUUACUUUUUUCCCCCUUUCUCAAUAAGCUUAAGAAAUGUAACAUUUCUAACCAUUGGAUCAAUUUUCCUGACCUGAGUGUAAUGGCAUUAGCUCUGCAGUGACUGAAGUUUUUGCUCUUUUUGUUUUCCUGUUUUGCAAAUUCUCUCUUUUGCCAAAAAUGUUUCCCAGCAGAACACAGUUGUGACUCACGCUUGCUUGUGACACUCAUUCCAGCUGCUCUUCCUUCUGAAGCACCAGCUUCUUUGUAGUAACUGUUUCCAUUCGAUGUUGCUGUUCCUGGUCACCAAAAGGGCCGGCCUCUCCUCACACUGUACCUUUUCUUAACGACCCAGACCUUCAUCAGCUUCAUUUACUAAAAUGUAAUCAGAAGAUGGAGAAUGAGGGUGAGUCAGUCUUUCGAGGUAAAGGAGCAGAAUUGGGUGGUCACAGGCCGAAUGCUCCGGUGGCACAAACCAGCCCACUGAGUCUGAGAAUACGGGUGAAGCCGCAUACAUGCGUGCAUGGUGACGCAAGGGUUUCAUGUGGGCGAUUUCUUUCAUUCACCUAUUUCUGAGUGACUGAUCCCAGUAAACCUCUGUGGUGCUGGCCCAGAGAGGUUCUCAGAUGGGAUUGAGUUAUCUGGCUGGUGUGAGCCCAGAUUCCUCAUUUUAAACAGGUUAUACAAAAGGGAAUGUAGUUCACGAGUUUGCUAGAAAGACCUGAUUAAUUUAGCUUCUACUUUUCACUACUACAGUUCCAGGUAGGAUACUAUAGGAAGUCAGUGCAAGGUGCAUGCUAGAUUGUUUUUAAGUCUCUGGGGUCAGUUUUGUGGCUUCUGCUUUCUUGCCUAAAUGAGAGAUGAUUUGAAGUCCACGCUGAAAAUUUUUUGUCUUUACUCUCCUAGCUGUGCCUACAUAGAAAUGCACAGUCCAUGUGACAGGAGCUUCUGAAGCAAUGAAACAGUCUCUCCUUCUAAGAGUUCCUAACCCUCGUAACUAAAAAGUGUGAGGGUAGCCCUCUGGUUCACUGAACCAUAUUCAAGUCAUCAGCUAUUUCUAGUGGACCCCGCCAGAAGGCUUCCCAUGGAAUUCGACAAUUAGAUUUUGAGGAAGCAAAAGCUAAACUUUGACCCUAAGAUAGAAAGAUAUUUACUUGUUGUCAGUGUCCAAGGCAUGACUUGUAUUUCUAAUUAGUCUAAUAAAGUCCCACACUUCCUGACGUGAACACUAAUGGUAUUGUCCUACUAAAACUUCCAUUGUUUUGGUUUUUUUAGCUGGUCAGUCAGUCAUCCAAUAAGCUAUGACAGUAACUUUGUUAUGUGUAUAUCGUAGUUGCAAGGAUAUACCGUGAAGGUUGAAGUAAGUUGGGUUUCAUUUCUAUCCUCCCAUACACAGUUCAUUUAAUUUUAGGGUUGACUUAAUUGGCACCACACCUGUUGUAUGAUAUUAUACAUUAUCCUUUAUUUAUGUAAAAUAAAAUGCCUUAUAUAUUAUGAAAGAGUAAGUGCAAUAAUACAAAAUAGCCUGUACAUUUUUAAAAUGUUGUCGCCAAGUUAUGUAAAUCCACAUCUCUAUAAACAACCUUUUUAAAGUAAUUUUAAGAAAAUAAACACUGUUUACUACUUGUU